GCCCUCCCCACUGCUCCCCCCAGCUCCCCGACCCGGGGCGCCCCGCCCGGCCCGGCUCCUCACCCACCUCAGCCGCGACUGUCUUCGCCGAGCCCCCGGGGCCAGGUGUACCGGGCGCGCCACGAUGCGGCCGCGGCUGUGGCUCCUCCUGGCUGCACAGCUGGCAGUUGUCCGUGGCAGCUCAGUCCUCCAGCAGACCCCCGCAUACAUACAGGUGCAAACCAACAAAAUGGCGAUGCUGUCCUGCGAGGCUAAAAUCUCCCUCGGUAACAUGCGCAUCUACUGGCUGAGACAGCGCCAGGCCCCGAGCAGUGACAGUCACCACGAGUUCCUGGCCCUCUGGGAUUCCACAAAAGGGACUGUCCAUGGUGAAGAGGUGGCACAGGAGAAGAUAGCUGUGUUUCGGGAUGCAAGCCGGUUCAUUCUCAAUCUCACAAGCGUGAAGCCGGAAGACAGUGGCAUCUACUUCUGCAUGAUCAUCGGGAGCCCCGAGCUGACCUUCGGAAAGGGAACUCAGCUGAGUGUGGUUGAUUUCCUUCCCACCACUGCCCAGCCCACCAAGAAGUCCACCCCCAAGAAGAGAGGGUGCCGGUUACCCAGGCCAGCGACCCAGAAAGGCCCACUUUGUAGCCCCAUCACCCUCGGCCUGCUGGUGGCUGGCGUUCUGGUUUUGCUGGUUUCCCUGGGAGUGGCCAUCCACCUGUACUGCCGGCGGAGGAGAGCCCGGCUUCGUUUCAUCAAACAGUUUUACAAAUGAGCAGAGAAUACGGUUUUGGUGUCCUGCUACAAAAAGACAUUGGUCAGUAACGAGCGCGAUGUGGAAAAAGGAGAGAGGGGACACAUUCGACCCUGGAGAGUUCACUGGCUGCUUGCUUUUCACUGCUGCAAGGCCUUUCUGUGUGUGACGUGCAUGGGAGCAACUUGUUCUGGGCCAUCGGGAAUACUGGGGAGAAGGCUUCGUUGCCCCCAGGGCACUUCACAGAGUGUGCUGGAGGACUGCGUAAGAAAUGCCGCCCAUGCCACCGCUUCCAGCUCCUGUGCCUUCCCUGAGCUGGGACCUUUAGUGGUGGCUGUUUAGCCACCAUCUUUGCAAGUUGCUUUGCCCUGGUAGGGCAGUAACAUUGGGUCCUGGGUCUUUCAUGGGGUGAUACUGGGCUGGCUCCGUCUUGGUCUUCCCAGGCUGGGGCUGACCUUCCUCACAGAGAGGCCAGGCGCAGGUUGGGAAUGAAGCUUGCUGAGAGGGGCUGUCCAGUUCCCAGAAGCCAUGUCAGUCUCUGAGGGCUUCCUUUGGGGCUGGGAACUUGCGGGUUUGAGGAUAGGAGUUCACUUCAUCUUCCACUUGUCAGUUUCUCGGCUCCCAUUUCUACUCUCCCAUGGCUUAAUUCUUCUUUCAUUUUCUGCUCUUUUUAUACAAAUGUCUUAGUUGUACAAAUAAAGUCCCAGGUUAAAGAUAA